AUGCUCGCGCUAUAUGUUUCUACCGUCAGUGGCAACAAUACUGUAUGCAACAUUCCGUCGUUUUAAUGUUUAACAGAUCCGAUCUCGCCAACAAUACAUACAGAACAUUCUUGAUUCGUUAAAAAUAGAAUAUGACACCGUCGACAUUGCGGCAGUUGAGGAGGCCAAAAACAAAAUGCGAAAGGCGUUAGAAAAUGCCGGAAAAAAGGAGUUCCUUCCUCCACAACUUUUCUGUGGUGAUGAGUAUCUCGGUGUAAGUCUUCUUUUUUCUUGUUUGCAACCUUUCCCCAUAUAGCAGCAAAAGACAAAUUAAAGGAUAGCCCUCGGUAGUUGUUUUUUAAUCCGAUGCAGACGUGUGCAAUGGCAACCCCCAACUAUUGUCAGUUGCCUAAGCAUUUUCAGACAGUCCUUUGUUGGAGCGAUCCAAUAAGUUCUGUCUAACUAUUUACAUUUACGGAGUUUCUCAGAACUUGGAAGAUUUUUCGUAGAAAAUUGAAGCCUGCAGUGAGGCAGUAAAACCGACCGCUUCUUUCCAAGUGGCGUUUAUGUUGCAUUUUCAGUAACGUCACAAUAGCGCAUUAGCCUUUAUCGCUCGAUAAUUUCGGGUUUAAUCCCGGGUAACUUCCUCAAUUACUUCGGAAACGUCCCUAACCAUCAUGUCCCUUCCACAAACUGCAGCUUCAACACUACCAAUAAGUUCUUUGGCUACGCGCUGUUGGCAAGAAUUUGUCUGACCGGUCAGCUGAGAAGAAUACGAGAAUCACCCAGGAUUUAAUAAACUACCUCUAGAGUAGUUUGAGUACAUUGUUGUUUUUAAGACUGGCGACGGGAGUUUCCAAACGCCUAAAAUGUGAGGGUUCGUGCCUUUUAAUCAACAGUAUGGGACAACAUUUGAGAGGCAGCACUUGGGUUCAACAGACACAUUAUCAGGUGCCCUGAUCUCUUUGUCCUCAUUCAGGGCUUAAUCUCCAAAUGACUGAUUUGAUUGCGCCGCCAAGGCAUAGUAGAAUAGACAUUACUAGUCCUGCACAACGCCUUGUAUGUUUUUGGAAGAUACGGACAAAGCCUCUAGUUCAAACUAUUAGUAAUGAUUUACCCGUAAGUCUUCCGACGAAUAGGGACUCCCGCCCGUCUUAUGCGCAUCCCUGGUUUCGUCCCCAAACCCUUCAAUGCACUUUUAGUUUAGAUAAAAAGCGGAUAAGCUUCACAAUGACAAGGCAUAUUUAGAAGGCGCAUUUUUCCAUUUCGAGGGAACCGGUGGCCGCAGCGUCUACAAGAAUUAGCAGUAUGUGAAUUUACGAAAUAAGCACGACUCACCAUCCCACUGCGUACCCACCAGCUUACUGGAAUUUAUUCGAUGUGUGCGUACAGAUUAACCUUAUAAUGGGUUUAUGCUAGUUUGCAGGUCAGGCGGUGGAGUUGGGUCGUUCAGUACUCUGUUCGUAGCUAUUAAUACCUGUUCUCAUCCUGUAUAUGUCGGCGAAACGUCGACUUGGUCUUGUUGUUUUGCCUACAGACCUGGUCUUCGUCUCAACGGCAUACCUAUUAUCUUCGAGCACCAACAAGCACCUGCCUGGAGAAGACCAAAUAUUAUGCUAAAACUAGGCGGACAAUCAGAGUUUCUGACCACUUGUUCUGCAAGACGACUCCCUUAAUAUUUGCGAAAACUGUUCCUUCGCCACUUUCACAUCUUUUUAGUGCUAUAUUUUAGUCGUCUUUCAAAAAAGCAAACAUUAAACUCGUAAGUUAAUUGCGCACAAAGCCACUCUCAGUACGUUGUUUAGCAUUUAUUUUGGAUUCCAUUGCAAGUGAUGCACCGCAGGCAUAUGACUGUCACCUUACCCUUGUCUUAUUUUGGCCUACCCUUCAGGUUAAUAAUAUCCUACUGUAUCGCAUUUCAGCAUUUUCUGCUAAUCAGUUCCAUUUCUGUUUCUGUAGGACUACAAUGACUUCUAUGAUGCCAAUGAAAAUGAGAGAAUUAGAGAAUUUCUAAAGCUCCCGGUAAGCCCUCUUUGGUUUUCGGUUACCCCCAUCUUUAUCUCUUCUAGCAGCCUGAUAAGAAUUAA